AUGCUGGUCAUAGGCUUUGGAACUGCUGCCUUUGAAACUGAUGAGAGUGACGUCCAUAAAUUGGAGGUGAUGGAGGCCAUCAAGCUCGGUUACAGGCACUUCGACACUACUUCUAUAUAUGGCUCCGAACAGGCUCUGGGAGAAGCCAUUGCUGAAGCCCUUAAACUUGGUCUCAUAAGCUCCAGGGAUGAACUUUUUAUCACUUCCAAGUUAUGGUUAUCUGAUAACCAUCCCAAUCUUGUACUUCCUGCUCUAUGCAAAUCACUUCACAAUUUUAGUCUCGUUCUUCUCUUGCUCGCCCUCACCGCGCGCUACCCGUCACUGGUUGUUGUCAAUUCUGAUCCUAGUGCUAAGACACCAGAGGAGGCAUUGGUAUACAUAUUUGGUGAAGCUAGAAGAACCACACCAUCAAUUCUCUAUUUACCACAAUUUGAUGUUUGGUGGGAAACUGCUCGUAAACAACUCAGAGCUGUUCUCCAGAAUUUGCUAGACAAAUUGCCAUCUAACAUGCCUAUCUUUCUACUGGAAACAUCCUCAGUUGUGCUAGCUGAAGUUGAAGAUGUACCACAUUCACUUUUCCUUCAUUAUUCAGUGUAUCUUUGA